CAGUUCGGUCGGUCGUGCGGUCGAUCGAGCUGCCGCGCCGCAUGAUUUUCGGAACGUCGGCGAAGCGAAGAACUUGCUGGAGAGAGCACGGUGCAGCGCGGCGCAGGCUAAGUGGAAAACCACGACGGUGAUAUCGUGUUCGUGUGUGAUAACCGACGAUUCACGGUGACUUCUUACAAUAUGUCAGAUUGGGAUACUGCGCCUAUUACUUUACGUAAACGCACGCCAAAAGCGUCCACGCUGAAAACCGAGAAGGCGGUGAACGAUGCGCGGCGGCAAGGUUUCACCGUGGAGACACAGGCAAAAUGGGGUGGUGGUGCAAAUAGACAACACGUAACUACGAAGAACACAGCUAAAUUGGACCGUGAAACAGAAGAGUUGAAGCAUGAUAAAAUUCCACUUGACCUUGGUAAACUUAUUCAACAGGGUCGGCAAAGCAAAGGAUUGUCUCAAAAGGACCUAGCAACGAAAGUUAAUGAGAAGGCACAAGUUAUCAACGACUACGAAGCAGGACGUGGAAUACCAAACCAGAUGGUCAUUGGCAAGAUCGAGCGAGUAUUGGGAAUUAAAUUGCGCGGUAAAGAUCGUGGCAAACCGUUAACGACCCCCGGGACAAAGAAGUGAAUCUCGGGGGAAGGAAACUAUUUUACAUUUCACAAGUUCUUAUGAAAGAACUUCGGCGGAGACGGUAGUACGGAAAGCCACAAACCCCUACCUUUCUUUCUUUUGAUUACUUUGAUAUUGUGCAUUACAGAGUAGGUUACAAUUACCUUGUUCUUACGUAUGGAAAAUAAAAGAAGAUAUUUUAGGAUAAAACAAACAGAUAUAACAAACUGUAAUAUUAAGAAAAGUUUACUGAGUUACCUCCAUAAUUAAUUUGUUACAGAUUUUCAAGUGUACAUUAUUGAUGCUACUAUUAAGAACAAAAUAUGCUUGAGUGGUAAAAUAAAUAAUUCUUAAUUUAUAAUAAAGUAUCCAAUAUUUGUUUAUUGAACACCAUGUAGAGGAAUUGUAUGCAAGGGUUUAUUAAGAAUUUUUAAAAAAUGCAGA